CAGCCCCGUGGCACGGGAAACGCUGCUCCUCACUGGCCCCUUCGCCUCGGCAGCUUAGCGGCCCCGUCCCGAGCGAUGGAGAACUACCACGUCCUGGAAAUGAUCGGCGAAGGGUCCUUUGGGCGCGUGUACAAGGGGCGGCGGAAGCACAGCGCCCAGGUGGUGGCCUUGAAGUUCAUCCCCAAGGUGGGGAGGUCUGAGAAGGAGCUGAAGAACCUGCAGCGGGAAAUUGAGAUUGUGAGAGACCUCCAUCACCCCAACAUCAUCCAGAUGCUUGACAGCUUUGAGACUGCUAAGGAGGUGGUGGUAGUGACUGACUACGCAGAGGGAGAGCUCUUCCAGAUCCUGGAGGAUGAUGGGAGUUUGCCUGAGGACCAGGUCCAGACCAUCGCUGCCCAACUCAUCUCUGCUCUCUACUACCUGCACUCCCACCGCAUCCUGCACCGGGACAUGAAACCCCAGAACAUCCUGCUGGGCAAAGAUGGUGUUGUCAAGCUCUGUGACUUUGGGUUUGCCCGUGCCAUGAGCAUCCACACCAUGGUGCUGACGUCCAUCAAGGGCACCCCGCUGUACAUGUCCCCUGAGCUGGUGGAAGAACGGCCGUAUGACCACACAGCAGACCUGUGGUCUGUGGGCUGCAUCUUGUAUGAGCUGUUUGUGGGCACUCCUCCCUUCUACACCAACAGCAUCUUCCAGCUUGUCAGCCUUAUCAUCAAGGACCCUGUCAAAUGGCCUGUGAACAUGAGCCCAGUGUUCAAGAGCUUCCUUCAGGGAUUACUAAUGAAGGACCCCCACCAGCGCCUCUCAUGGCCAGAGCUACUUUCUCACCCCUUCAUUGCUGGACGGGUUAUUGUGAUUGAUGACACAGAAGAGCAUAGGAUUUCAAACCCCUUCACCGCCAAGCUGACACCAGAGCUGCAGGCCCUGAAGGAGCAGCAAGUCCAUUCCAUGGCCCCCAGGAGCAGCCAGUCCAGGAUCCUGAGAAAGGCCCAGCAGAAGAUGGUUGAAGAGACACAGAAAAAGGGCCAGCUGAAGGCAAGUGAUGCAUCUAUGAAAGAUUCUGUCAAUGGACAUCCCACACACAGACCCAGAGCAGCAUCACGGAAGGCAGCCCCUGAGGAGAGGGAGCCACUGGCUGCCUCCAAUGAGAAGAAUCCAUGUCUCCUGCAAGGAGAGAGCAGCACAGCAGAGUGGGAGUUUGAGGAGUCUCCUCCCAGUCCAGGGCAACACAGCCUCUCUCAAGAUUACGAGUGGGAGUCUCCUGGAGCAGGAUCCCCUCCACAGGCUGGUGCUGGCAGGGCAGAGCCCUGGAGCAGGCACAGCAUUGAGGCCGUGGACCUGGAGACUGAGGAGCUGGAGAGCGAUGAGGAGUGGCAGCACCUGAUUGAGGACACUGAGCCCUCAGCCAUGCAGCUGAGUGUGACUCUGAGCCUCCUGAGGGAUCCAGCCUUCCAGCACCGUGUCCAGGACCGCCUGGCAGACUCUGCUCAGCAGGUGCUGGAGGGGAUGUCGGAGGGAGCCUCCCAUCUUUGUUCUGUGCUUCAUGUUAUGGGCAACCUCCUGUCCACCCAGUGUGAUGCUGAGCUGCUGGACCACUUCUGCCAAGAGCUGAAUGUGCCUCUGGCCCUGCUGUGUCUAGCCAAGCAGAUCCUGGAAAGUGAUGUCACCAAGCAGCAGCCCUGGUGUAUUGCUGUGCUGACAGACAUCCUCGUGGUGACCAAAGUUUAUUUCAGCAGUGAAUGCAGCCUGGAGGAGAGUGGGCAAAAGGACAGUCUGCAGGAGAGUGCUGACUGCUUCCUGGCCCUGCUGCCGGAGCUGUUGGCUGUGCCAGUCGACAGUGAGAUGAGACUCUGCCAGCAAAGCCUCCUGUGCUUCACCCAGCUCUGUGAGAGUCUGGACACAGCAGAUCCCUCUAUCUCUGCACACUUCUACACCAGGCUGCAAGAGGAGCAUCAGCCCCUGCUGAACAGACUUCUUCAGGGAUCCAUCUCAGAGCAGCCUACUCUUCAAGGUGCAGCAGGGGAGGGCAAGUCAGCCCAUGACCAGAGCCCAUGUAUGGCAGAUCUCUUCCUGGCUGCAUUGGCUGCUGCAUGCAGCAUCCCCCUGGAGAGAAACAGCUGUCGAGGAGCCAAGCAGCAGAUUGCUUACACAGUAGCUGAAAAGCUCAUGGAAGGAGAGAGCCAGCAGCUUGCAAGACUGCUGGGGAGGCUGGAGCACCCAGGCUGCUUCUUGAAUGCCCUGAAGAUCCUCUAUGCUGGCUGCCAUGCCUGCCUGAACCUGUGCCAGCACCUGGGAAGGAGCCAACCACUGUGGGAUUCCCUCAUGCAGCUCUUAAAGGCUGAGGUCCCUGUGGUGGAGGUGACCCAGAAGGCAGCCUGUGAAGCCUCUCUGUACCUGCUGACCCUGCUGACCCUGCAGCUUCAGGCAUCCUCUCCCAGGCAUGAGGAGGUGGUUACCCUGGCUGUGGAUCUCAUCUCCCAGUCUCCUGUUGUGUCCCUUGUGGGUGCUGCAGCAUUUCUCCUGGCACAGCUCAGUCAGCAUGGGGUGGCUUUGGAGCUCAAGAGAGAAAAGAUCCUACCAGUGGUAACAAAUGCACUGACAGCACCUGCUGAGCUGCAGCUCCCCCUGCCAAUGGGUUCUGGUCUCUAUGAUGGGCUCUUUUUCCUCCUGCUGAAACUCCUUGAACAGGAGGAUAUGGUCUUGGAGGAGGGCUUUGCUUCCUCAGAGCUAUGGAGCCUGGUCUGGCAUUGUGUUGCUGUGGUGCUUCAUGUGGGCACCAACAGCGCAGCGCUGGAGGGAGACCCACCCCUAGGUGCUGGUCACCCCAUGGCAGAGCCAGACUGGAACCUCCUCUCCCCUCAAGGAACCCUGUUAUUCCUCAGCCUGGCCCUCAGCGUCUUCACUCGUGAGUCCCACCAGUGUCUGUUUCAGCUCACCCAGUCCCAAGGUGUCCUCAUGGUGACACUGAAGAGACUGCUGUCCCCUAGCUUCUUGGAAUGCCUGGAAGAGAUGCAAGCAGGAAAGGAUGGGAACCCUGAGGUUGUACCAGAUGUGGUCAUCCAGGUCUGCCAGCUCCUCUCUUUCCCUUUUGCUCUGGAUGUGGAUAAAGACACCUUAGCACUGAUCAUAGAGGCUGUGAGAGACACCCAGAUCCCUGCGCAGCUGCUGCAGGUCUGCGCUUGCCAUCUGCCCUUCUCAUUCACCGAACUCCCCAUGGGCCUCUUGUGCCAACUUGUGGUGUCUGAUACACAGGUCAUAGACCAAGUGGUGAAGGAAGCUGCUGCCUCGGAGCACAUUGUUGCCUUCUUGAAGUCUGUCUUGUUCUCAGACAAUGUCAUACUCACAAGUGACCUCCUCUCUCUCUUGACCCACGUGGCCCGGGUCUGCUCAGAGCACCUGCCCUUUCUCCAGAUGAUCCUAAACAACUCAGAUGUGGUUGAUGAGCCACUGACCUACCUGCUCAGCCACAAGCAACACCUGAUACGGGCCAGAACCUGCAACUUGCUGGGCAACCUGCUCCGGCACAGCUUUUCCCCAGCGCUGCAGAGCCAGCCCGGCUGGCUGGAGAGGCUGCUGGAGUGCCUGUCAGACCCGGAGAGCUGCGUGCGCAGGGCAGCCACCUUUGCAGUGGGCAACGCCGCCUGCCACGCGUCCUGCCCUGCGGGGACCCUGGGCAGAGCCGUGCCCACGCUGACCCGGCUGCUGAGCGACACACAGGCCAAGACGCGCUGCAACGCGGCCCUGGCCCUCAGCAACCUGGGCCAGCGCGGGGCGGAGCUGCGGGAUCUGCUGAUCCAGAGCAGGGUCCCCGACCUCCUGCUGCAGGUGACCUGCCAGGACCCGCAGAAGACCGUGCGGGAGGGAGCCCUCGAGGCACUCCAUGCCCUCAGCCAACACCCUGGGAUCCAGCAGGUCCUGCUGUCCCUCAAAGCUACCGAGAAGCUGGCGGCGCUGGCCGGUGUCAGUCCCCAGUCGCCUUCUGCCCGGCACUGCGAGCUGCUCCUCCGCCGCCUCGCAGCUCUGCCCAGCCAGCUGUCGCCGCGUCCCGGCACUGAGCGGUGAUGCCCGGGCAUCCCGGGACGUUACCGACCCUGCUUUCGCCCUCCUCAGGCUCCAGUCCGACCUUUCUUGGAACCCGCGUUAUGCGCCUGAGGGGGACUCUACCCAGCCGUCUUUACCCGGAGUGCCCCCCGGGGAAGCUGUCCCUAAAAAAAAUGCCCAUUCCCUCUGUAACCGCGCGUUUCCCGACGGCUGCGGGAGCCGUGCCCGCACCGCCGUGCCGCCAGGGGGCAGCACACCCCGCGGCGCGGUGGCUGCCGGGAGCUGUAGUCACGUGGGCCCGCCGGCUCCCCAUGGUAACGGCGGCGGCGGGUCCGGCGGGCCCGGGCGGGCGGUGAGUAUGGCGGCGUUGCCGCCCUCUGCAGCGGGCUUUGCUCCCCGUGUGUCUCCCCAGGUUUCACCGUCAGAGUUCCUCCACUGGGGAGUAGGGCCCUUGGUCCCCCCGCUGCUUCCCCGCCCCAUAGCCGUGCCCUGGCCCCGAGGAGGCACCUCGCUCCACCCCGGGCCUCCCCGUGGGGUUCGCCACGGUCUUGCCCUGUGACCCCGUGGGGCUGGGGGGACGCCGCUCUGCGGCGAGACAUGCUGGGGUCGGCGGCCUGGGCGGCGCUCGGGAGCCAGUAUAGAACAUCCUGGUAGCACCUUUGGCUUCAAAGGCUUUCACUUGGAGAAAUGAGACACAGAGCGUGUUCCCCGGGCGAGCGGCAGGGAGGAAGGGCUGGCUCCCCAGCCACCCACGGCCCCAGGGAGCCUCUCCAACCGUACUUGGAGAAAUAGGAUGGACCUGGGAUUGACCAGGUCCAGGUGGAGAUCGUGGUUGUCUCCCUUUCAUUGGGGUCUUGGCUUGGCUGCUCUUGUAAAAAGGAGCCGUUGAGUCUGAAAGAUGGAACGCAGAGCUGAGUUGAGACAAGCCUGGAGUAUUUCCUCAGUGCCUCCAGGGUUUGGGCAGGGAGUGAGGAGCAAAGGUGUGGGGAAGCCCUAUGGCACUGUGCCAGCCUCCUGUCUCCCUGUGCAGCUGGCCUGUGGAUGUCUCAUGGCAGGCAGAGUUCAGCCCCACAGCUCCACGUCAGAACCCUGCCUGCGUGACUCACUGAGGCUUGUCUGUCUUAUUGUGGUCUCACGGAAUGGGCAGAUGACACCCGGAUAGUUUGGAUAGAGGAAUUUACAUUGGAUUGUUGGCGUUAUUAUAGUUCUAAAGAAUAAUAUUUCCACAGGUUUUACUGUUUGUAGUCAGCAAACAGUAGCAUUUGUCUGUCCUUUCGUUGCUCUCUUGCUGCAGUUGUUUUGUGUUAGGUAAAGUUGGUUGAUGACCAUGGUCCCCUCCCACACCUCUGUCAAAGGGUCCUUCUCAGCACAGCAGGGAUCGCAUUUCAAGGAGGAGCUGAGGGGACAAAUGUCACUAUUCCCACAUAACAGUGCCUGUGUGAAGAUGUCAGAUCACUGACACAGGCUGGGUGCCGCUCCUUGACAUUUCCCAGGUUCCUGCCGUGCAUCAAGUCUGGGAGUAUUUGGCAGCUUCUCACCUUACGUCUGUUUCUUCUCCACUCCUGAGCUGUGAGAGAUUGCUGUAUGGAGUGGGGGUUUUGCAGUGCCUUUAGAAGAAUUUUUCCCAGCCCUCUCAGGACAUGGAAGAGUCCAGAGCACGUACUGAAGGACAAAUCUGGGAACCUUUUCUUCCGAUUGCAGAUAUGUUUCAGUAAAAAGUAUCAAGAGCAGAUGAUGGACUAAGAAAUUAUGUGUUUUGAACUAAUUGGGUAGUUCUUGUCUCCUUGCUAUGUAUUGAUAUAUUAUACUCGUUUCACUCAC